GAUUUGUGUGUGUAACCGGUGUAGAUUUCACAAUAUAAAUCAUGUCUGUUUAUUGUCUUUUCUUUCUCAGCACCUGUUCUUGUUCUCUUAUAAAAAAUUUAGUCAGUAAACUCAUAACUCAAAUAUUACUAAAUUAUUAUUUUUAUUUAGAAUGGAGGCCAAAAAACUAAAAUAGGUUCAGUCGGAUUUAUUUGAUUCUGAGUCAAACAUGUUUCUGACUGACUGAUGGUUUUAUUCUGACUGUAUUAAUUGAUUAUUCAUACAUUCAAUGUCUCUGUUCCUCAGGUGUGCACACAUUCCAGCUUAUGUACGGCUGUGAGUUUGAUGAUCAGACUGGAGAAAAAAAUGCAUUCCGUCAGUUUGGAUAUGAUGGAGAGGACUUUCUGCAUCUGGAUCUGAAGGAGUCAAGAUAUAUUUCUCCAGUGCAGCAAGGAAUCCCCAGUGCACAGAAGUGGAACAAUAACAAAGCUAAUCUUGAGAAUGACAAACAGUACCUCAGCACUGAGUGCAUCGAGUGGCUGCAGAAGUAUCUGCAGUAUGGAAAGAGCAGUCUGCAGAAAACAGUCUCUCCUCAGGUGUCUCUGCUGCAGAAGUCUUCCUCGUCUCCAGUCACGUGUCAUGCUACAGGUUUUUACCCCAGUGGAGUAACAUUCUCCUGGAUGAAAAAUGGACAAGAUCAUGAUGAGGAUGUGGAUCUCGGUGAACUUCUUCCCAAUGAAGACGGGACCUUUCAGAAGACAAGCACCCUCAAUGUUAAACCUGAGGAGCUGAAGAAGAACAAGUUCAGCUGUGUGGUGGAGCAUCAGGGCAAAACCAAGACAGCAAAUGAGAUCAUGACUAACACAGGAGAGUCUGUUCCCAUCGGCAUCAUUGUCGGUGCUCUUGCUGCUGUUGUUCUGCUGGUGGUCAUUGGUGUUGCUGGAUAUAUGGUGUAUCAGAAGAAAAAAGGCUUUAAACCUGUCAGCGGCUCUGAUGACGGCUCAAACAGCUCGGCUCAUACAGUUCCACAAGCAUAAAGAUGUAGGAGACCAGACAUGUGAGAGAUGAAGAGAGAUGAAAACUUUUCCUGCUGGCUUAGAAAACUGCACAUAAACACACACGUUCUCUCUCUCUCUCUCUCUCUCUCUCUCUCUCUCUCUCUCACACACACACACACA